UUUCCAGCAUGUUCCAUGGGCAGUAGCACCAGCAGGUUGUACAGUGCACUGGCUCAGACCCUCAGCAGCCCCGUAAAUCCGCAAAUCUGCCCGGCCGAAACGGAUCAGAGCCCAGACCUGGACCCGGCGGACCCGCUGGAGCUGCUAAAGGAAUGCGAGGAGGUCCUGAGGGACCGGCCCCCCCGCCUGCAACGGCCCUUCGUGUGUUCGGCCGAGCGGGACUCUCUCCACAGACCCAUUCGCAUCAUGCAGUGGAAUAUUCUAGCACAAGCGUUAGGUGAGGGCAUGGACAGUUUCGUGCGGUGUCCUCUCGAGGCGCUUAACUGGGCGGAGAGGAAGUACCUCAUCCUGGAGGAGAUCCUUACCUAUCAGCCGGAUAUCCUGUGCCUGCAAGAAGUGGAUCAUUACUUUGAUACCUUCCAGCCUGUGUUGGCCAGCCUGGGUUACCAGAGCAGCUUCUGUCCCAAGCCCUGGUCCCCGUGCCUGGACGUGGAGAACAACAACGGCCCGGACGGCUGCGCCCUCUUCUUCCGCCGCGAACGUUUCCAGCUUCUCAACGUCUCCCACCUACGCCUCUCGGCCAUGAUGAUCAAAACCAACCAGGUGGCCAUAGUCGUCACGCUGCGUUGCCGGGCGACCGGACGGGUGUUCUGCGUCGCUGUGACGCACCUGAAGGCGAGGAGCGGAUGGGAGGUGCUCCGGAGCGCGCAGGGUUCCGACCUCCUGAGGAACCUCCAGAACAUCACCCGGGCGGCCAGCACGGAGACCAAGUGCGGCAUCCCUCUGCUGGUCUGCGGAGACUUCAACGCCGAUCCCUCCGAGGACGUCUACCGGCACUUCGCCACGUCCAGUCUCGGUUUGGACAGCGCCUACAAGCGGCUGAGCUCUGACGGCCAGUCCGAGCCUCCGUACACCACUUGGAAAAUCCGCCCGAGCGGAGAGUGCCGUAACACGCUGGACUACGUCUGGUAUUCCCAGAACGGGUUUACCGUCGACGCCGUGUUGGACUUUCCCACCGAGGAACAGAUCGGACCGAACCGCCUACCUUCCUACAACUACCCCUCAGACCAUCUCUCGCUCGUCUGCGACUUCAGCUUCAGAGAGCCUUGAGGGAAACAUCCGGUGGGCGUUUGUUGGA